AUGGCUGCGCUGACGUGCAGGUGGACGGGCCAUGGACAGGCCGGGGUCUUUUGGGGGGGGGAACGCGACUUGGUCCAACCCCACUACGCGUCGACAUUGGUUAUAUUAGAAAUAAUAACGCUGCAAGCCGGCCAGUGCGGCAACAGCGUCGGGCAGCAGUUCUGGCAGCAGCUGUGUCAGGAGCACGGCAUCAAUGCGGACGGUAAUCUCCAAGACUUUGCGACUGAAGGCGGCGACCGGAAAGAUGUCUUCUUCUACCAAUCCGACGACACGCGCUAUAUUCCUCGCGCCAUCCUCUUGGAUCUCGAGCCAAGGGUGCUCAACUCCAUCCAGGCGAGCGCAUACAGGAACAUCUACAACCCCGAGAACUUUUACAUACACAAGGAUGGAACGGGUGCGGGCAACAACUGGGGCAUGGGCUACAGCAUGGGCGAACAAGUGCACGAAGACAUCCUCGACAUGAUUGAUCGGGAAGCAGACGGCUCGGACUCGCUUGAAGGCUUCAUGAUGCUGCACUCGAUCGCUGGCGGUACUGGUUCUGGUCUGGGCUCCUACAUGCUCGAGCGACUCAAUGACCGCUUUCCUAAGAAGCUUAUCCAAACCUAUAGUGUUUUUCCCAACACACACGACGGUGAUAUCGUCGUCCAGCCAUACAACAGUCUGCUCAGUAUGCGCCGGUUAACACAAAAUGCGGACUCUGUCGUUGUUCUCGAUAACGGAGCCUUGUCGAAAAUUGCUGCAGACCGAUUGCACGUUAUGAACCCGUCGUUUGAGCAAACUAAUCAGCUCGUCUCGACCGUCAUGUCCGCCAGCACCACGACCCUCCGAUACCCCGGCUACAUGCACAAUGACCUUGUAGGCAUCGUUGCAUCGCUCAUCCCCACGCCCCGUUGCCACUUCCUCAUGACUUCAUACACCCCAUUCUCGGGCGAGAACGUCGAGCAAGCCAAGACGGUCCGCAAGACCACCGUUUUGGACGUCAUGAGACGAUUACUCCAACCAAAGAACCGCAUGGUCUCCACCAAUCCAACCAAGAAGAGCUGCUACAUGUCCAUUCUGAACAUCAUCCAAGGAGAGGCAGACCCUUCCGACGUCCACAAAUCGCUCAUGCGCAUCCGCGAACGCCGUCUUGCAACCUUCAUCCCCUGGGGCCCCGCCUCCAUCCAAGUCGCGCUUACCAAAAAAUCACCCUACGUCACAUCCUCCCACCGCGUCUCGGGCCUCAUGCUCGCCAACCACACGGGCAUCGCUACCCUCUUCAAACGCAUCGUAGCCCAAUACUCGACAUUGCGCAAACGCAAUGCCUUCCUCGAAAGCUAUAAGCGAGAAGCGCCCUUUCGCGACGGCCUCGGCGAAUUCGACGAGGCCAAGGAGGUCGUCCAGGGCCUGAUUGAGGAGUACGAGGAUGCCGAGGAGGCGGAUUAUUUGACCAAGGGCAUUGUGGCACCUGCGGAGGAGGCUGAGGAUAAAAGAGUGGGCUAG